CAAUUCCUCAACGGGGCAAACCCCAUGCUUUUGAGGCGCUCUAAGAGCCUGCCAGCCCGGCUGGUGCUGCCCCCGGGGAUGGAAGACUUGCAUGCCCAGCUGGACAAAGAGCUUCAGGCUGGAUCUCUGUUUGAAGCUGAUUUCUCCCUGCUGGAUGGAAUUAAGCCAAAUGUCAUCGCCUUUAAGCAGCAGUAUGUGGCAGCCCCUUUGGUCAUGCUGAAGCUACAGCCAGAUGGAAGACUUUUACCCAUGGCCAUUCAGCUCCAGCCACCUCAACAGGGACAGCCUCCUCCUCUGCUCUUCCUGCCUUCAGAUCCCCCCAUGGCCUGGCUGCUGGCCAAGAUAUGGGUCCGUAGCUCUGAUUUCCAGUUGCACCAGCUACAGUCACAUCUGCUAAGGGGACAUCUGGUGGCUGAGACCAUUUCUGUGGCCACAAUGAGGAGCUUGCCGAGCCUUCAUCCUAUCUACAAGCUCCUGAUCCCCCACUUUCGCUAUACCAUGGAUAUCAACACCUUGGCCCGGAAUAACCUCGUCUCUGAAUACGGAAUUUUUGAUCUGGUGGUGAGUACAGGCAGGGGUGCCCAUGUGGUCAUUCUCCAGAGAGCCACAGCUUGUUUGACAUAUCGUUCCUUCUGUCCUCCUGAUGAUCUGGCUGACCGUGGGCUCCUAGAUGUGAAAUCUUCUCUCUAUGGCCAAGAUGCCUUCAGGCUCUGGGAAAUCAUCAAUCGGUAUGUGAAAGGGAUGGUUGGGCUUUUCUACAAGAGUGAUGAAGCUGUGAAGCAGGACCCAGAGCUGCAGACAUGGUGUAGAGAAGUCACUGAGGUUGGACUGCAGGGGGCCCAGGACCGAGGGUUCCCCCUCUGCUUAGAGUCCCGGGAUCAGCUCUGUCAUUUUGUUACCAUGUGCAUCUUCACGUGUACUGGUCAGCAUUCUUCUGCCCACCUGGGCCAGCUGGACUGGUACUCCUGGGUCCCUAAUGGCCCUUGUACCAUGCGGAAACCGCCACCCACCUCUAAGGAUGUGACCGAGAAGGACGUAGUGGACUCACUGCCUAGUCUCCAGCAAGCCCGUAUGCAGCAGACUGUCACCAACUUCCUUGGCAGACACCAACCUGUGAUGGUGUCCCUGGGGCAGCAUACGGAGGAAUAUUUCUCGGGUCUUAAGCCCCAGGAAGUGCUGAAGCAAUUCCGAGAGGAGCUGACUACCAUGGACAAAGAGAUUGAGGACCGGAAUGCACGCCUGGACUUACCCUAUGACUACCUUCAACCGAGCAAGGUGGAAAACAGUGUGACCAUCUGACAGACCCAUGCCCUCAACCCCAAAGCUCACUGUUUCCACACUGAUUAAUUUUCUAAAUUUUGCUUAAAAUU